CCUCCCGCGACAAAACGCAAUUAUCUGUACUGAUGAUUGAUGACAUCGUCAACGUGACUACUGUAUUUCGCAGCAAAAAACAAAAAGAAAAAGGAGAAGAAGAUGAAGAUGAUGAUCAUCUGGACUGUGGAUGCGUUUGUGAUUGGUAAUUAAUUCGAUGAAGAAAAGAAGAAGAAGAAGAAGAAUCAGAAGAAUAAGGAUCAAAUUUUCGAUAUGGGUUUCGGCGAAGACAAUCUGAGGGGGGUAAUUCUGGCUUUGCUCUCAAGUGGGUUCAUAGGGGCGAGCUUUAUUAUCAAGAAGAAAGGGCUUAGAAGAGCAGCCGUAUCAUCUGGGGUCAGAGCUGGUGUUGGAGGCUAUACUUACCUCCUGGAGCCUUUAUGGUGGGUUGGAAUGAUCACAAUGAUUGUUGGCGAGGCUGCCAACUUCAUUGCAUAUGCAUUUGCCCCUGCAGUUCUUGUAACACCUCUCGGUGCAUUAAGUAUAAUCGUAAGUGCUGUGUUGGCUCAUUUUAUCUUGAAGGAGAGGUUGCACAAACUUGGGAUUUUGGGCUGUGUGAUGUGUAUAGCAGGUUCGGUCAUUAUUGUUAUUCAUGCACCAAUGGAGCUUCCUAUUACUUCUGUACAGGAAAUAUGGAAUAUGGCAAUGCAGCCAGCCUUUUUGCUAUACGUGGGCUCUGUGAUUGUAUUGGUUUUUAUUCUUUCCAUCCAUUUUGCACCGCGAUGUGGACAUACCAAUGUGUUGGUGUUUACUGGAAUAUGUUCGCUGAUGGGUUCUCUCUCGGUUAUGAGUGUUAAAGCCCUCGGGACAUCGUUGAAAUUGACCUUUGAGGGAAAAAACCAAUUAAUCUUCCCUGAGACAUGGUUUUUCAUGUUGGUGGUGGUUACGUGCGUCAUUAUUCAAAUGAAUUAUCUCAAUAAGGCACUUGACACGUUCAACACUGCAAUUGUCUCCCCAAUAUACUAUGUGAUGUUUACAACACUUACAAUCCUUGCAAGUGUCAUAAUGUUCAAGGAUUGGGAAGGCCAAAGUGGAGGAAUGAUCAUCUCUGAAAUAUGUGGCUUUGUUGUUGUGCUGUCCGGUACCAUUUUACUGCAAGUAACCAAAGAUUUCGAAAGAAGCACGUCCUUCAGAGGCAAUCAUACCCCCGGAUCUCCUUCGUUAUCUGCACGACUUUACAACGGAAAUGGAGAACUAGCAAAGUAUUGUGAUGAAGAAGUGCCUCCUGAGGAAAUCUGCUUGAGAAUACAAGAAUCAUACUAGUAGUUGUUCUCCCAUCUGCUACAUAUAUCCCCUCAGCCAAAGCGUACCAUACAGGAGGACCCGUGAUGUCUAGAAGUAAAUAUCGCAGUGCAGGUAGAUUAUCAGAAACUAGUUAGCUGGCUGUUGUACGGGCGUCAGAGUGUCAUUGAUACCAGUUUCAUUGUUUAGUUUUGAACAUGGUGGAGAUUUUCCGGGGGAGGUUUGUUGCGCUUAAUGCGAGGGAUCCUCACAGAAGACACAACUGGGUUUAAGACACAGGAAGCUUGAGAGUUUCCAUUUGCAUAGUGAAAAAGUAGAUCACCAAUAUUGCAAUGUUUCUCUAUUUAGCUUGAUAAUGUGUGCUUUGCUGUUUUCUCUUCUCUGUUUCAUUUGAGGUAUAGGAAAAGGGGUGUUCCCUUGUUUUUUAUUUGACACAAAAAUUCAAUUCUUGUACAUACUAAAUUCUUUAAAUGCAGUUAUAUAAAAAGAUCCGAACUCUUUCAUUACCAA